AUGGCGUCUGCUAUCAUUUCGAAGAAGAGGAAGUUUAUUGCUGACGGUGUCUUCACUGCCGAGCUCAACGAGUUCUUCACCCGUGAGCUCGCUGCUGAGGGCUACUCGGGCUGCCUUGUGCGUGUGAACCACGUCCGCACCGAGAUCAUCAUCCGUGCUACCCACACCCAGGAGGUGCUCGGUGACAAGGGCCGCCGCAUCCGCGAGCUCACCUCGCUCGUGCGCCAGCGCUUCCGCUUCCCCGAGGGCUCGCUCGAGCUCUACGCCGAAAAGGUGCAGAACCGUGGUCUCCACGCUGUUGCCCAGUGUGAGUCGCUGCGCAACAAGCUCCUCGGUGGUCUCCCCGUCCGCCGUGCCGCCUACGGUGUGCUCCGCUUCGUGAUGGAGUCGGGUGCCAAGGGUUGCGAGGUCAUCAUCUCGGGCAAGCUCCGUGCCGCCCGUGCCAAGUCGAUGAAGUUCAACGACGGUUUCAUGAUCCACACCGGUCAGCCCGUCAAGGACUUUGUCGACGAGGCCGUCCGCCACGUCCUGAUGAAGCAGGGUGUGCUCGGUAUCAAGGUCAAGAUCAUGCACGGCUGGGACCCCGAGGGCCGCGUUGGCCGUCCCUUCCCCCUGCCCGAUGCGGUUACCAUCCUCGAGCCCAAGGAGGACGUGCCCGUUACGCAGCCCAUGUCGGAGUCGCGCAACGCGCCCACGCUCGAGCCCCCGUCGGCCCCCGUCUCGCAGGAGUUCGCUGCCGAGCAGCUCCAGCAGCACAGCGAGGCCGCCUACACUCAGGGUGGCGUGCCGCAGCCCGCUGCCUUCUAA